UUCUUUCUAUCUUUCGCACGUUCCCAACCUCAUAAAUCCCCGACGGCUUUCACUUCCCUCUUCCUUCUUCUCCUUCCAUGAACAUCCACUGCGACGAGCCUCUCUCUUCUUCUCUCUCUUUCAUGGAGAACCUGAGCUACUCUUCUUCACUCCUUCCUUGCCCACCUUCACCGCCGCUGUCUUCUUCAUCCCCGUCUUUUCUGUCAUUGAACCCUAGAUUGACCGGCUUGGGUGCUUACAACGCCGAAUUCAAAGGACAUGGCGAUAACAAUAUCGAGCAAAGUGGUUAUCUGGGGCUGGACAUGUCGAACUCAUCGCCGUUGGAUCACCGUCGCGUGCCUGAAGCGCCAGCAGCGGUGGAUGAGAAUGACGCCGAGAACGCCUUGAAGGCAGUCAAGAAGAAGGGAGGGAAGAAGGUGAGGAAGCCGAAAUAUGCUUUCCAGACAAGGAGCCAAGUGGACAUACUCGACGACGGUUACCGGUGGAGGAAGUAUGGCCAAAAGGCCGUGAAGAACAACAAAUUCCCACGGAGCUACUACCGUUGCACGUUCCACGGCUGCAACGUGAAGAAGCAAGUCCAACGACUGACCAAAGACGAAGGCAUGGUGGUGACGACGUACGAAGGAAUGCAUUCUCAUCCGAUCGAGAAAUCCACGGAGAACUUCGAGCACAUCUUGAGCCAGCUGCAGAUCUACGGUGCCUCCCUUUAGAUAGGUCACCAACGCCCGUUGUCGCUGUUAACUUUUUCACAUUCUGGGACAUCGAAAUAGUAGUAACAUACAUAUUGUAUAUUGAAAAGAGGGUUAACUGACCACGCACCUCAUUUAAAACUACACAGUGUCUAGAUAAGAUAUUGUAUCCAGCAGAUUACUUUUAUGUUAUCUCUUGAUUGUAUGUCGCA